UUCGUGCGACGGAUGCCCCGUUAUCACCGUAUUGAACACAUCAACCUAAACAGCGUGUGGUUGUCUGGACUGGCUUGCCCUUUUCAUUUAUUUUGAAUUUCAUUGUAAAUUUAUCUGACACUAAUUUAUUCGGAGGUUUUUUUUAAAUCAUUAUUAUUUACGUGUAAUGAAAGUCCAAGCUGGGCUCAUUCUAGUCGUUUUGCUCGCCGUUUUCGGCUAUGGAGCACUAGAGGAGACGGACCAAGAGCAGAAUGCUGUGGAAGAGCUGACCGUGGAGACUUUGGUGAAACCUGAAUCCUGUGCUGAAACGUCAGAAAUGGGAGACACCUUGCAAAUCCACUAUACUGGGAGGCUGCUGGAUGGGAAGGUGAUUGACUCAUCUCUUUCCCGGGAUCCCUUGGUUGUGGAGCUGGGGAAAAGGACAGUUAUUUCAGGUCUGGAGCAAAGCUUGCUGGGUGUAUGUCUAGGGCAAAAACUCAAGGCCACCAUUCCAGCUCACCUGGGUUAUGGAAAGCGUGGCUACCCGCCAACUAUCCCAGGUGAUUCUGCAUUGGAGUUUGAGGUGGAGGUGGUGUCACUGACCAAGCAGACGCCAUGGCAACGGCUGGUGAAUGAUAUUUUGCCCCUCAUGUGUCUGGCUCUGGUGCCCACUCUGCUGGGCCUCGUAGGGCUGUACCUCUACAACAAAGCCAGUGCCCAGCGGUCAAACAAGCGGGCAAAGGACAAGAAGAGCAAGUUAAAGAAGAAAUAAAAAGUAUUUUUAACCAA